CUGUGGAGGUCGACAAAAAACCUGUAUCAAACACCAUGAUUAUGAGAAAAGUUCUGCUAAUAAUAAACAGUGUCAUCCUUUGUAUAGGUAAUUGUGCAAGUCCACUUUUGAUGCGCCUUUACUUCAUCCAUGGCGGUAAACGAAUUUGGUUCUCCAGCUGGCUCCAGACUGGUGCUUUUCCCAUCAUCUUUCUUCCAAUCGCUUGUGCUUACUUUCACCGUUCAAGGACUCAACCCAGUUCUCAAAACAAGCUUUUCUUUAUGAAACCCUAUUUGUUCAUUGCUUCCGCCGUCAUUGGAAUCCUCACCGGCUUCGAGAACUACCUAUACGCCUAUGGGGUCGCUCGUCUUCCGGUCUCGACUUCAUCUUUAGUCAUUGCCUCACAGCUGGCUUUCACUGCGGGGUUCGCUUUUGUUUUGGUGAAGCAAAAGUUCACUUCUUACUCCGUAAACGCCGUGUUUCUGUUAACGAUCGGAGCUGGCGUUUUAGCCUUGCAUACGAGCGGCGACCGUCCCGCGAAUGAAUCGAACAGGGAAUACGUUUUGGGGUUCCUAAUGACCCUCGGAGCUUCAGCUUUGUAUGGCUUUAUUCUGCCCUUGGUGGAGCUGGCUUACAAGAAAGCAAAACAAGAAAUCAGCUACGUUCUUGUGAUGGAGGUACAGACGGUGAUGUGCUUGUUCGCUACCGGCGUUUGCACCGUUGGCAUGCUUCUUAACAACGAUUUCAAGGUGAUUCCCAGGGAAGCAAGGGAAUACGAGCUCGGGGAAACAAAUUACUACGUAAUUGUGAUUUGGACCGCAAUAGUAGGGCAGUGUUUCUUCUUGGGAGCCAUAGGAGUAAUCUUCUGUGCGUCGUCUUUGUUAUCGGGCAUCAUAAUUGCUGUUUUAUUACCGGUAACUGAGGUUCUGGCUGUUAUUUUCUACAAUGAAAGUUUCCAUGCGGAGAAGGGAGUGGCGCUUGCACUCUCACUUUGGGGCUUCCUUUCUUACUUCUACGGCGAGAUUAAGGAGUCCAAGAAGAACAAACCAGCCCUUCAAACCGAGAUGGCCUCAGCUUCUGAUGGACAGGAAAGCGUGUAAAAAUUUAAUGGAAUACACAAAUGUAUGAAAAAGCAAGUUUAUCAUAGCUAAGUUUUAUCUUCUAUUUUUGAAUUUAACAUCAUGCCUUGAUGGUUUAUACAACACACAUAUAGAUCUAAAUAGACCUAUUAGCAUAUAUAUGAAUCUCUUGCUUUUUUCUUCUUCUUCUUUUCCUCCGCUUUAAACUUAUGUAAUGAGAAGUACAGAAAAACCCAGCUAAACACCCGGGGUCAAAAGGAGAGUCCCA